UGUGUGGAAAGGCCAGUGUUUCUCUUUAUUUGAUCACAGCUUUAACGCUGUUAUUUUUGAGCAGUCUGACGUUAGUUUCUAGUGUCACUGCUUUCAUUUAAACAUGAAAACCUAAUCUAUAUUUUGCGGACAAACACUGUAGUAUCACUUUAAUGCCUUUGACUUGACGUCAUUUUCAUAACUGCGCAGCCCGAGGUCAGAAGGAAGUGGGUGUUAGCCGAAUUAGCUGACUAGCGUUAGCAAGAUACAAAUUCGAGGAUUGCUGUGGCUUCUAUGGAAGAGAUGUCAGGUGAGAGUGUGGUGAGCGCGGCAGUGCCAGCAGCUACAACUCGGACCACGUCCUUUAAAGGCUCCAGUCCCAGUUCCAAAUAUGUGAAGCUUAAUGUGGGGGGUGCCCUGUACUACACUACCAUGCAGACACUAACUAAACAGGACACUAUGCUGAAGGCUAUGUUCAGUGGCAGGAUGGAAGUCCUUACUGAUAGUGAAGGCUGGAUAUUGAUUGAUCGCUGUGGUAAGCAUUUUGGCACAAUCUUGAACUACCUUAGAGAUGGGGCUGUGCCACUUCCAGACAGUCGUCGAGAGACAGAAGAGCUUCUUGCUGAGGCGAAGUACUAUCUCGUACAGGGCCUGGCUGACGAAUGUACAGCUGCAUUACAGAACAAAGAAACAUAUGAACCUCUUUGUAAAGUGCCACUGAUGACCUCUUCUAAAGAAGAGCAAAGACUUAUUGCCACAUCAAAUAAGCCUACUGUCAAACUGCUGUAUAAUAGAAGCAACAACAAAUACUCAUAUACCAGCAAUUCAGACGACAACAUGUUAAAGAAUAUAGAGUUGUUUGACAAGCUGUCUCUGAGGUUCAAUGGUCGGGUACUGUUCAUUAAAGAUGUCAUUGGGGAUGAGAUCUGCUGCUGGUCAUUUUAUGGCCAGGGUCGGAAAAUUGCUGAAAUCUGUUGUACUUCUAUUGUCUAUGCUACAGAAAAGAAACAAACAAAGGUUGAGUUUCCAGAGGCUAGAAUAUAUGAGGAGACCCUUAACAUCCUUCUGUAUGAGUCCCAUGAUGGAAGGGGUCCCGAUAAUGCCCUUUUGGAAGCAACAGGUGGAGCUGCAGGGAGAUCCCAUCAUUUGGAUGAAGAUGAAGAGCGAGAACGUAUUGAAAGAGUUCGGCGAAUUCAUAUCAAACGCCCUGAUGACCGCACACACCACCAUCAGUGAUCUUGGACCUUUCACCCUGUGUCUUAGAAUCUGGACUUUCUUUGCACCGUGCUUGUGCCUUACUAUGCCUGACAUCUUUCUCAAUCUUUCACUUUUUUCACCAGCUUUUCUGUCUCUUCUUGAGAUCACUACAAUGGGAGUAUAGGACAAUGGUUUGCAUUAGUGCAGUUUUGAUAUUCUCUGUGUUUGCGGUUGUUUGUCUAUACUCUCUAUGGUGAUCAUUGUUGCGCAAUUCGUCUUUAUAUCUUUUUCCAUAAUCGUGUUUGAAUCAACCCUACAUGAGACAAGGGGAUUUUUCUUUACUGUCUGUUUUUUGGUUUGAAGUCAUUAGACUACAUUAUAUUAAGUAAAAUAAUAUUUAUUUUAUUAUAGCUGACUAGUGUUUUUGGUAUACAAAAAACAAGUGCUUUCUUUCGGCUGGUUUGCAAAUGAACAUAUUGGGUGACCUACUUAGUUGUACCACUUGGUGGCAAUGUGUUCUUAGUUUUCCCAUUGGCUACUUUCAAGUCUGUAUAUGACCAAGUUAACCUUCACAUGAAACUAUAAACUUGUAAGAUAUGUAUUAGGGAAGUGUGUACACAUUUCCUACCACUUUUUUACAUUGUCUCUGUUCAGAAACUGUUAGCCAGUGUUUGAAGCGUGAGCUGUGACGUAGUUAAACCUGUAUAUGAAUGAAUGAUGGUGGCUGAAUGAGUGAGUGAAACCUGAGGUCUGGAAGGGAACCCUGUCUUCCCAAGUUUGAACUAUAGACUGAACAAUAGCCAGAAAGAAACCAGACCCUUAUUGUCACAUUCAUCAAAAUGAACAGUUUGCACACAAUAUGGCUGAAGUAUGUCUUUAACACAAUUCAUUUUUUUAUAUUUAAUACUACUUUAUCAUAAAAUAAAUUUGUACAAAGCAGA